CUCCUCCAACAGUAACGCGGAAGUACUAAGUCUACGUGGGGUAGUGAGGUUGGUCCGGUGUGUGUGUGUGUGUGUGUGUGUGUGUAAGUGUGUGUGUGUGUGUGUGUGUGUGUGUGUGUGUGUGUGUGUGUGUGUGUGUGUGUGUGUGUGUGUAUGUUUACUUCACUGUGUGUGUGAGUGUGUGUGAGUGUGUGUGUGAGAGAGAGAUGUUAUAAAUGAAGGGAGCGGAGGUAGUGCGGGUGGUUCGGGAUCAGAUGGCGCGGAGACCCGGCAUGCUGUGUGCUGUCCUGCUGCUCACCUGCGCGCUCAUCCUCGCUCUCACACUCAGCUGCAGUCGAGCUAAGAGCAUGGUGGCGCUGGCCCGUCCCCCGGUGCGGUUCCUGUCCCAGUCUGUCCCGUUGGUGGAUCUUUAUCUGGGUCAGCAGGACCAGGCAGAGAAGUUGAUCGAGGGAUCUGAUGUGAGUGUGAUUUUCUACUACGCUCCAUGGUGCGCUCACUCCAUCGCUGCCAGGGAGCACAUCCAGCAGGUGGCGCUGCACCUCGCCAAUCAGGUCCAGUUUGUGGCGGUGAACUGCUGGUGGCAUCAAGGAAAGUGCCGGAAACAGCAGAACUUUUUCCAGUACCCAGUUCUUCAUGUCUAUUACAGGAGAUUUGGUCCUAUUCCCUAUAAAGGUCCAUUAUUAGCUGAAUAUAUGGGUUUCAUACGUCGAGUCUCCGCCCCCUUAACAUACCUGCCCUCUCGCUCCGCCCUCCACACCUUCUUAUCUCACCAUCAGCCAGGUGUUGUGGGUUUCUUUGACUUUAACUCGUCCCCACAGCCACCUGGUUACCUCACCUUCCUCACAUCCGCACUGCACAUACUCAGAAAAGACCCUCAGGGGGUGGUACGUUUCGGUGUUGUGACCAAUAGGAUGGUGGCAGCAGGCAUGUGGGUGACAGAAGAUCAGAGUGUGUAUCUGCAUCGCCGAUUCAACACCUCACUGGUGUUCCCUCACUCUGAGAGGAACUUCACUGCUGAGAACAUCUGUAACUGGGUGUUUGAGAACAAAGAGAGCAUCAUCACCUGGAUUCAGCCAAUCGGUGAGAAGAGCCAAUGCUUGGAGGCGGAGCUACGUAAAGGCCCCGCCCUGCUCAUGUUUCUGCCACAGAGUCCUUUCUCAGCUAGUCAGAUUCUGUCUGAGGUUGCUGAUGUAGCAUUGAGUUAUCACUCGUGUUUAGCUCACAGCGUCUCCUCCUCUGUCUGGUCACCGUCUGGUUCUGUCAUGUCUGAGCCAAAGUGCUGCAAGUCUGUGCACAUAGCCGCUAACCCGAACACUAAGGUGUGUGAGGUGUGUGUGAGGUCUGCGUGGGAACUUGAAGCGGCUCUCGACUCAUUCCUGCUCAGCACCUUGUCCACGGCGUGGUCCGUCUGCAGGAACAGCCAGCGCAGCUACAGCACGCUCCAUCAUUACACCGCCUGCUGUAGGACCCUCACACACAGGUUACACCCCCUGCAGGAUGAGGGCGGAGUCACAGGGCUGCACUGCCGCACCAAUAUGACGCUGCGAUUUUAUGCUCUGGACUCACGUGUGGCCUGGAAGCUGGCACUGAGACUCGGAGCGAGCGGAAACCACAGCACACACUCAAACACACACACCUUCACCACCAUUGUCAACCUAAAGGACGACACGCACUACGUCCUGCAGGACACUGGGAGAGACCAGGCGGUUUAUCCUGAAUUUCAGCACCCCUAUAGUCCACUCCACAGACACUUGGUGGGAGUGAGUGAAGCUCCCCCACAGUCCCUCAUCCAGGAAGUGACCACUCAGUCCUUCAAGUCCAUAGUGAUGGAUGUAGAGGGGGAUGUGUUGUUGUUCUACUACACAGGAUGGUGUGGGUUUUGCACGGUUCUUAAUCAUGUUCUCCUGCGUCUAGCUCGACUUUUCCAGGGAAACAGUGCCUUCACAUUGGCCAGGGUGAACGUAGGUGUUAAUGACCUGCCCUGGGAGUUCAUGGUGGACCAUCUGCCUACCUUCCUGUUCUUCCCCAGACACAGGAAGCAGAUGAGUGUGAAGUUUCCGGAGAACAGUGUCACGCUUCCCAAUCUAGUUCGCUUUAUCCUAAACCAUUCUAGCCCCUCCCCUCAGGAAAGGGCAGGUCCCAAGGCACUGUUAGAGGCGGAGCUUCGUACCCUGCAGAGUGAGGUUGUGUCUCUGCAGCGUGCCCGUGAGAAGCUGUCUCAGCAGCUGGCAGCUCUGUGGAGGGAGAACCGACGCCUGGUGCUACACACUCAGGAGCUGCAGUUCCACAACGCCGAGCUGCAGGAGCAGAGCGUCCGGCUCGAGACUCUGUACCAGGAGAAAAGCAGACAGCUCACCGAGGCAGUGAAAAAGCUGCAGGAGCUCGCAGACGCCUCUGAGGAUCUGCUGAAGGAGAACUCACUGCUAAAGGUCCUGCUCACCGUUUUGAGGGAAAAGGGCAAUGGGGGUGGGACAGGGGGCGGAGUUUGGAUAGAGAGAAUGAGGAGACUGAGGAUGAGGAACAGGACGUCUCCUGACGGCUCAGGAGGGUGAUAAUUUUGGAUACUAUCACAAGAAGUCAUUGCUCUGUUAGAGAGCGUGAGUGUUAAGACAUUAAAUAUGUGGGAAACACUGCCACCUGGUGGACCAGUCUAAAAUACUGUGUGUGAAGGUGCUGUCACUGUGUGGCCACUUGGAGAAUUACAGCGAUCAUUUGAAUGCAAAAAUGUAAAGGAAAGUGCUGCCUACUAGUGGUGAGAUAAAAAAGUUCAAUAAUUGAAUUCAGAAAUAGGAAUUUAGAUGAAGGUUCUUCUGUGUGGUGGAAGCAUUAGGAAAUUACCCUCUGCUCAGUCUUUCUAUUGUUCCAAUCAUAAUUUAUUCCUUUCACCCCAACUCACAUUUCUCCCUUGUCUCAGGGUAACAUUGUGCAAAAUGGUUACACUUGUCCAUUAUGUUUCACACACACACACACACACACACACACACACACACACACACACACACACACUACUGCUGCCAUCUUGUGGAAAAGUUACAGUUGUGUCCACUCUGAUGUAUUCGCUGUUGUAUUCGAGGAGUGUGACACCCAGUGGUCGCAGUGAGUAUUACAUUCAGGCUGUGUGUGUGUGUGUGUGUGUGUGUGUGUGUGUGUGUGUGUGUGUGUGUGAAUGAAACGAUAAUCACAGAAGGGGUGUGUUAGUGAAAGUUGUAGGAGACGUGCUUUUAAUUAGCCCUCACAUUAUGGUUCUGGACGUCUCCUGGAUGACAUCUGGAUGGGUUGGUGUCUUCUGGAGCCAGGACAUGUUCAGAUGAAGUGAUCCUCCUGAGAAUAUAUUAGUGUUUGUAUAAUUGUUGGUAUUUUUCUGCGAUACAGCUCUUUAUUUUUACACUGAACCUCAGGUCCGUAGUCGGCGUGGGAUUGUGCAGAACGAUGUGCUGCGCUCAGUUUACACACGUAUUGUGUAGAUUUUUGUACCCAAUAAACAAUGAUGCAUUUCUUCA